UUAGCAAUUGCUUUUGGCAAAGGAUGUUAAACGAGUCAUCAAGGAAAUCGAAUUUCAAAUUUGUAAUUUAUUAUAUGAUUGAAUUCGUAUAAAUGAAGAGCAAAACUGGUCGUUGGUAUCAUUCGCUUGCUAGAGUCACUUAGUGAAGAACAUCAGCAACUUCUAAAAUGAAGAUCUUCAUCGCCCUUUUCGCCGUUGCUCUGGCCGUUGUCGCCGCUGAGCCAUCGUACGUGACUUCGGUGCUUCCCCAAGCGGUUCCGGUUCCGGUGAGCACCUCGGUGUGGCCACCCUACGGAGUGUACGGCAAGGGACUGGCUCAGCGUUAUGCGCCGGUGGCCAGCUAUCCAGGUUAUUCUGCUGGAGUGUACGGCGGUCUGCCAGUCUACGAUAACGCUUGGGGAUACUCGGCACCGGUUGUGAGCGCUUACGGAAACGCCAAGCUGAUUGAUAAUGGACUGUGGAACUACGGUGGAUACGGCUAUGGACACACCAACAAGUACUGGCUGUGAACUGGUUAAAUAAAGCGUUUUGCUGGAGCUUCAAAUUGGGUGUUUUUGUUAUGUCAUUACAAAAUAUGAAUUUAUUAUCUAUUCACUAAUUGAGCUUACAAAUGACUCACUAAGCUCUCUCCCGGAACUUGGUCUAGGCGCCGGCUGUCCCAAAGGUAGACAUAAAUCAUUUGCCAACAGUUGCACCAUGUUAAACUGUCGAGUGUGACAGAAACACCACCUACGCAAAACCGUCGGGGAAACUCCUUUCUUGAACCAAACCCUUAUCUAGAACGUUCCCCCCUGCUGCCUCGAUCUCUAUAUUGCACAACGUGUCCGUGUCAGGCUCUCUGGUAGAACUGUCGGUUGUGUUUCAGUGCUAGCAAGCUCCUGGUGAUCGCGCAUUCGUUACGGCGCGCGGUGACAAUGGGUAGGAAUUGUGCAACUUUCCAAUCGACCUAGAGGUCUGGGGGCUCGGGAGUUGAUCUAGUUUACCUUCCCUGAUGGAGCUGUUCUGGAUGGUGGAGU